GUCGGUCGCAUUAAACUAAAGAAGAAGACAGAUAUCCCAGCAUGCACUACUGCUGCUGUGUCCGACGUUACCAAACUCAGCAGACUAGAUACUGUAAAUGACUUCUGGGCAGUGAAUCAGACCAUUAUCACACAGCAGAUACCGUUUCCUCAGCCGUCUCCAUCAUGAGCGGCAUGCGGUUGAUGCUGGGCUCUGGGUCGCUGAUCGGUAUUAUGGGGCUCGGAUACGGGAUGUGGUCCAUGAUCUCUCCAGGAGAGGAGAGGCGGAAAGAGCUCCUCAAGAAUCUGCCUGAAUCGAACCCAAUGAGAAUGGAAGAGACAAGGAAGAGGAACGCUCUGGUGAUGGAAGCACUCAAGGAGGCCGCCGAAACCAAUGACAAUGUUGCAAGAAGGUACGGAGGACCUAUGAAAUAGACAGGCCCUGCUCUGUGACCUGUUUGGAAAGUAUCCGUUUAUUGAAUGCAGCUGGCAUGCAGGGCCACAAACUGUUCAAAUGAAGAUGAACGUUGUAUUAUUUUACAGGGAGAUUGUUGUCUAAUUUUCAGCUCUAAUGUCUUCAUUGUAUGUGAAAAAAAUGCACCACUGGAUGUUAAAAUUGUUAAUUAAAACUCUCCAAACACAA